AGUUCUAAUGUUGGAACUUGGAAGCAAACGUAAUCCGAUUACGAGAUAUCUCUGGCUCUGUGGUAGGCAGCGGAAUGAACAGAAAUGGCUGCCACUCUUUCUUCCUGUGUCGCCGCCCUCUGCCACCCCUCCAACUCCAAGAACUGUAGGGCUCCCUUUUUCCUCCCUCACAAUCAUAACCACUCCUUUUUAUUGCGAGGUAACGAUUUCCUUGCAGUUGCGAAUGAUGCCGAUAAGAUUGUUGAUGGGAUCGACUUCGGUGAACUAUGCAAUGACUUUGAGUGCAUCAGCAGCCCCUUGGUAGAAUCCACAGCAAGACAACUUGCUCGCGAUAUACUUGAGCUUCGGGAUGAUAACAGAGCUUUUGCAACCUUGGCUAUUUCCGUCAAAUACAGGGAUCCCUUGAGGAGCUUUAUCGGUCGCGACAAGUACAAAAGACCGCUGUGGGCUAGGGAUGCCCUGAACAAUCCCUCUGUGAGUGUGCAGGAAAUGGUGAUGCUGUCGAUCAGUGUGCUCUCUAUCAAGUGGACAAUUAGAGGGAAGCCUAAAGCUUUAAUCGGCGGAAUAGCGGGGGAUCUGAUCCUCCGAGUUACUUCCCGCUUUACUCUCAACCAAAUUAGUGGUCAGGUCAUUGAGCAUGAAGAAUCCUGGGAUUUAUCUAACUCGUCCGCUGUUGCCCGGGCAUUUUUCUGGACAUCCCGCGCACUUUUGGCUGCUCGAGAGUCUGGAAAAGAUUUGGUUGAUAUUGCCAAAGAUGUAAGUGGCCGUCUUCCAACAAAGAAAGACAACUCGGAGACUGAUCCCAAUACAUCACCUGAUCCAACUAAGUUCUUCCAGAGGGACGACAGCUUUGAGCGAGACGCAUACCAGCUCGCACUAUUUCUGGCAGUUCUUUAUAUUCUUGUUCAAUUUCUGAGGACAGCUUUGUGAAGUCUGCCUUGUCAAGUCUACUCUAUUCCACAAAUUAUCACAAUAUUA